CCUCCUGCAACGGGGGGCCCUGGAGUUCAAAAAGAAUCGAGCGGAAUCUCUGAUUGGGUGGAGGCCGCCUGCGGGGGAAGCCGGGAGGCCUUAACCGUCGGUGGCGCCUCGCUCCCUCCUCCCUCCCCUGCGGGAGGCGGCCCCGCCCCGCUCCAUAGAUGGCGCCCGCGGCGGUUCGCCCCGCCUCCUUGUCCCGUCCCCGCUCGUCGCCCGACUCAAAGAUGGCGGCGGCCGCGGCGGGGCUGAGGCGAUCGGCCCGGGGGCUGCUGCGCUGCCCGGCGGUCUUUCGAAGCCAGCUGUAUCAAUCUCAGCGGGCCUUCCAUCCUGCAGUGGCAUUGCAAAGAGUUUCAGAAGAACAGAAACAGACCCCCUUCCCGUCUCCCAGUCAGCAAUAUUCAGCAUCUUCCCCCCUGGAUGAAAAGCAACCAGGCUCACACCCCAGUUACACAGAUCAAGGUAGUGAAGAAUCAGAGGGCUAUGAGAGUGAGGAGCAGAUACAGAAUCGGAUCCUGACAGCAGCUCUGAAAUUUGUGCCCACUUAUGGCUGGACAGUGGAUGCAAUUGCAGAAGGAGCUAAGUCCGUAGGUCUCUCUGUUGCUGCAGCAGGGCUGUUUCACAAUGACGGCAGCGAACUGAUUCUCCACUUUGUGUCCCGGAGCAACUCCAAACUCUCUGAACUUCUUGAGGAACAGCACAAGCUGGUACAACUUGGCCAACUGGAGAAGAAGAAGACAGACCAGUUUAUAAAGGAUGCUUUAGAAGCGAGGCUGAGAAUGCUCAUUCCCUAUAUUGAAAAAUGGCCUCAGGCUAUGAGUGUGUUGCUGAUGCCACACAAUAUUCCAGCCAGCUUCAACCUGCUUACCACCAUGGUGGAUGACAUCUGGCACUAUGCGGGAGAUCAGUCCACCGAUAUAAAUUGGUACACUCGCCGAGUAAUACUGGCCGGAAUUUAUAACACCACAGAACUGGUGAUGAUUCAGGAUUCCUCCCCGGAUUUUGAAGAUACUUGGUCCUUCCUAUACAACAGAGUUGCUGAUGCAAUGAACAUGGGCCACACAGCUAAACAGGUUAAGGCAACCGGAGAAGCCCUUCUUCAGGGACUUAUGGGCGCUGCUGUUACUUUCAAGAACCUCAGCGGCCUGAACCAGCGUCGAUGAAUCAAUUAGCCGUUAGUUAGGAGCAUUUGAGCAUCUCUUCUGAGACUAGCAAAGAAACGGUGUCCUGUAAAUCUCGUCACAAGAACGUGAAACUGUCGCUUAUUCUGUACCACCGUUAAAACAAAUGCACCAUUUUAUCUGUCUAAUGUGAAAACCUUGGCUUUUGGGGGAGCAUGUGGAAUCGCUGGCCAUCCUGACUAUCAAUUCGACCAACAGCAACCUAAAAAAUUAAAUUCUGUUUUUAACCAAAAAUGGGUUUAGUUUGAAAAAAUGAUAAGAAAGGUAAUAGAAGUAUUUGGGGUUCAAAAUUCUUUUAGAAGACCCUUCUUUUCAUUUUCUCCACCUGGACAUCUUAGUGUGUCUUAGCCACAAACAGACUUACGUUGUAUUGGUGGAAUUGGCUAAAUUAUCUCCCAGCUUCAAUGGCAGCCCUUCUCAGUUUAAAACCCAGGAUUCUGCUCUGCUGUUUGUUGACAGUAUAUUUAUGGCACUCUUGUGAAUAUAUAUUUUCCUGUACGUUUGGACACGUCUGUAUGUUCAUUAAAAAUAGUGAGCAUU